AUGAAAUCAGCAAUCUACGCUUUCGUUGCCAUUUUGGCUUUACAUUAUGUACAUGCCAUCCCAAUGGACUGGAACAUACAAGCACCGAGGCCGGUUGGAAGUUUAGGCCAAUUCAAGCCACCAUCUCGUCCACACCACGAAAAUAACGGACCAAAAGUAGAAAUUGAGCCACCACCAUCAUUCAUUAGCGAAGUCAAUGGUGUUCCCGUUGUCGCCCCUCCAAAUGUACCCGAACAGGAAGUUUUUGCAAAACCACCAAUUCAAAAUGAAUUGGAACAACAGAAACCAAAGGAAGAUCCAAAACGUCCUGGUGUCGAAGUUGUUAUUGUGCCAAUCAAUGUACAAAAACCCAACCACAAGGAGGAAAAAGAACCAGUUCCAAAAUACCCUGCAAAACCACAACAAGAAAGACCACAACACGAAAGACCACACGCACACAAGCCACGCCCAGAAGUACCACAAGCAGAAUCUUCUGAAGAAGUGCAUUUUGCUGAAAAACCAAACGGCUUCAGACCAUUCCAACCAAUUCACGAAAGACCACAUUUCCACAAGCCACAACCAGAAGUACCAGAAGCCGAAUCUUCCGAAGAAGUGCACUUUGCUGGCAAGCCAAUUAACUUCAGACCUUUCCAACCAGUUCAAUUGUUCUAA